AUGGCCCAACCUGCCCAUGGCCUCAACGGCAACCUGGACGACGCCCUUCUUUCGCAUCUCUCCAAAGGCGGAAAAGUGGUCAGGGUCCACCAGCUUCGUUUGAGCGAUUGGUGCGACACUACGAGAUACAACGUCGAACUGCCAGAUGGCACUCUUGAGAGCUUCUUCGAAAAGAGGGCCUUUGGAGAAGAUGGCGCCGACUUAAUUCAGGCCCACUGGCACUCCGAGAGCAGCAUCUUCAAGUUCAUCCCCGAGUUCGUCCCUAGGCCCAUUGCCUCUGGCACCUACCGGUCCAACCCCGACGCCCACUAUAUUCUCAUGGAGUUUGAGGACAUGGACAACGACACCGUCCCGGGACCGGAGGAGUACAUGGCCGCAUCGGCUGCCCUGCAACUCAGAAGUCUGGGCCAGUCCCCAACAGGAAAGUUUGGCUUUCCCGUCGCCACUCUCUUCGGCCAUCUGAAGCACCCGAACGGUUGGCAGUCGUCGUGGCAGGUGUGGUGGACGAACCAUAUGAGGUUCAUUUUGGAGCGCGAGGAAGAGAUCCGGGAACAACACACGGAACAGAACGCCAGGUUGGUCGACGACUGCAUGUCCAAAGUCCUCCCCCGUUACUUGGGUCCGUGGGAGAGCGGGGGGCGCUCUAUUCAACCGGCCUUGUGUCACACAGUUCUGUGGCCAGGGAACGUCAAGUUCAAAACCGUCGGCGGUUCUGUCAUCGUUUUUGACGCCAAUUCCUUGUGGGCUCACGGUGAGGCUAGGAAUCAUUCGAAACCCGACAUCUCGGUUGGGAGACGCUUCGUGAACGCCUACCUGAGAAGAAUGCCCAUAUCGGAGCCCAGAGAGGACUUCGACAGCCGCGUCAUCAUGUACAUGAUCAGGCACGAAGUGUGUCGAGCGAGCAUAUACCCAGACGACCCUCUGCUCCGUGAUGUGUAA